AUCGCCACACAAACAGCAUCCUUCCUCUUACUACGUAGUGUGCCGCCGUAGGAACCCUGUUUGUGGAUACUUCAUGGGUAGUGAUUACGCAUUUACUGGGUCCACCGGCGCAGAUAUAGCCUAGGUUUCAGCUUGUUUUGGGAAGGGAGGCACCCAAGAUCCCACAUAGAGCGCAUCACUCAGCGGUUGCUGACCACCGAGGCAGUGUGUCACCUGUCGUGGAAAACAGAGCUAUCUGAAGUAACAAAAGAUUAGUCUUUAGACAUCGAAAAAACAAAUCACUUCUUGUUGCCGAGUGACUGCGGUCAUCCUGUUGACUACAACCUCGCUGGAGUGAUUUGCCGCUGCCGUUGGGUACCUUCAGCGCCCUUCAGGAGAGAGCAGGGACAUGGUGAAGAACUGGGGAUAGUUUUCAGGCUGUUGACCCUUCAUCCACGAAACACUUCUGACGGCAAACUCUCGUGUGACCACGCAGGGAAAGGAUUACCUUGAAGUGUUUCACUUGUGCGUAAAACCCCCAGAAACUUGAAACUCUCUGACACAUCGCCUGUUAACAUGACGGAGAUCAACGAAGUGGAAAACGAAUCCCAGCCUCACGGCACGCUUCAGCGGUCACCGAGUACUAUGUCCAUCACACCCGUGUCAAAGCUCCAGCGUCUGAAGUGCUCGCUGAAAUUCAUGCGCAGCAAAAGCGUGGAGAACUUCUUCCAGCGCUCCUACAGUGACGCCCGCCUGCCCUCCGACAUCGAGUCCGACGGCCCUCCGCCCGCCUCCCCGACCCUGCUCUCCGCCACCCCCUUCCCCUGCGGCUCCACCUUAUCCCUAUCGCCCUCCGUCCUCAGCCCCAACCCCUCCCUCAGCCCCGUACUGACCCCUGCCAACGCCGCCCCCUCCCCCCAGCCUGCCGCGCUGCAGCCGCCCCCGGCCCCCCCGCCGCCCACCCACUGCCUCCUGGAGCACGUGUUCCGUCGGCCAACCAGCUGCCAGCUCUGCAAGCAUGUGAUCGCAGGGAACUCUAAGCAGGGGCUUCGCUGUAAGACCUGUAAGAUGGGAGCCCACCUCUGGUGCUCCUCUGAACUCUCGCAGCAGCCUUGCCAAGGAAGGUCUGGGAUGUUCAAACGCAAUUUCAGCUCGCCGUUACUAGGCAACGAGCAGCUAGGCGUGGUCAAAGAGACUCAGCCAAACCCAGACCCGCUGAUUCGCAUGGACCCUGUGUACGCUGCGCUGCGCUAUGGCACAACUUUGGCCCACAUGAGCCGCUCCAGUUUCGGGAGUGUGUCUGAGUCUCCUACUCGCAGCCUGGGCGAGGGUGGGGAUGAUCAGGAAGAAAUGGAGGAGAAGGAACAGCGGGAUGAGGAAGAGGGAGAAGAGAGGAGAGAAAAGGAGGAGGAUGAGGAGAGAGAAGAGGAAGAAGGGUUGACGUGUGCGGAGGAGGAAGAGUCCGAGGAGCCGGCCCAGGCUAUGGCAGCAGACAGCAGCAGCGGUGGCGGCGGUAAGAGCUCUGACCCUCGACCCCAAUCUAAAGCAGAUCCAGAGGAACCUCUGAAAUAUUUCCCCCUCUCUGAGCCGGAGAAGACAGAAGAAACAGAGGAUGCUGUCAAAGUGCCGAGACAGGUGCACUCCAUCCAUACUUAUGUGGCGCUGUAUAAGUUUCUACCGCAGGAGCCAAACGACCUUGAACUCCAUCCUGGUGACAGGGUCCAGGUCACUGAUGACUCCAAUGAAGAGUGGUGGAAGGGCCGUUGUGGAGAGCGGGUAGGCUUCUUCCCCGCUAACUUCGUCCAGCGCGUCCGCCCCGGCGAGAGGGUUUGGCGUGUGACGCAGGGUAGCCAAGGCAACCGAGGAAUGGGUCACAUGCCCGUAAAGGAGGCCCAGAUCUGUGUUGGGAAGUGUGAGGACAGUGCAGGUUUCCUGAAGCUGAGCAGCGGUAAGAAGAGAGGCCUGGUGGCGGCCAACUCGCUGGAGGAGAUAUGACAGCCCCGCCCCGCUCACUGAUCAUACCCAACCCCUUACCAGAGAUGGUUGCUAAGGUUGUUGGAAAAUAUCUCUGCCCUUACUCCCCAAAGGAGCUCUUCAGUGUUCCUCCUCUCGCCCGGUUCCUCCCUUGCGAUACAUGACACAUGACCUCUCUUUAUUUGUCCCACUCGGGCCACCGUAGGCCCAGCCAUCAUGUCAGUCUUUUGGUCCCAGCAGCCUUCUCCAGUGUCUCCUCCUCUAGUAGUGUCUCAUGUGUGCUUGUGCUGAAUGCGACUGGCUGAAGUCUCUGUCUCCUCACCGUUGCUCA